AUGGAGCAUCAGGAGGGCAAAGUGUGGCAGUCCGCGGUAUCGGUUUGGCGAGACACGAUCGGGCGAUUCGUAACCGCUCCCGGAGAAGUGACAGUGGGUAUGAGUGAGGUUCCUGAAGUAGUGGUGGAAGGGUGUAAUGGUGUGGAUGAUGUCGAGGACAAUGAUGUACUUCAUCAGAACGGAGAUGAGGGAUUGGCCAUUGACCCCAAACUCGGCUGCCGGGUUCGUUUUCCGAGUGACGUCAUACGAGAAACAGACGUUAAAGUAUGCGAGGAAUUUAAGGCAUCAGCGGGGCGUGUGGCCUGGGCGGGGGUCGCCCGCCCGCCCAAGCGGCAGUCGGCUUUUUGCCUCCGCGCCGGGUAUAGGCUGUGUCGCGUCGCGUUCCCGUCACUUCUCACGUUACAUUUCUCCGUGAAGUAUUGGUAA